GGAUGCUGCUCGGCGCGCGCACACUCUCCGCCUUCCAGCCACAUGUGCGGACCGUCUCGAGCUCCGCGCCCAUGAACUCGCGCGCAACUCCACUCUUCCCCUCAGUAGCGCCAGUGUGAGUAGAGGGUGCACGUGGCCGUGCCCACCCCCCUACCCCACCCCAUCCUCAGACCUCCCGUAAAAGGCGUCCGUCUGGUCCGUCUUGCCGUGAUCUGGCCUCCCCCACCAGCAACCAAGCCCUACUUUUGCCCCCCAGCACCUCUGGCCACUCAUGGAGGGAGACGUUAUGGACAAACUGGACGACAUGGCUUCGGUGUACGAGUUCGACCCGUUCACGGGCAACAUUCCCGCCACCAAAGUGGAGAUCACCGUGUCCUGCAGGAAUCUUCUAGAUAAAGAUACAUUCUCCAAAUCAGACCCAAUGUGUGUCCUUUACACACAAGGAAUCGAGACCAAGCAGUGGAGAGAGUUUGGAAGAACGGAGGUGAUUGACAACACACUAAAUCCAGACUUUGUCAGAAAGUUCAUCCUGGACUACUUCUUUGAGGAGAAGCAGAACCUUCGGUUUGACUUAUACGAUGUUGACUCUAAAAGUCCAGACCUCUCAAAACACCCCUCAGAAUGCAACGAUUUCCUCGGGCAGAUGUUCUGCACCCUGGGUGAGAUUGUGGGGUCACCAGCGAGUCGACUGGAGAAGCCUCUUGGGGGUAUUCCUGGGAAGAAGUGCGGCACCAUCAUCCUGUCGGCAGAAGAGCUGGGAAACUGCAGGGAUAGUGCAACCAUGCAGUUUUGUGCCAAUAAGCUGGACAAGAAGGACUUUUUCGGCAAGUCGGACCCCUUCAUGGUGUUCUACAGAAGUAAUGAAGAUGGAACGUUCACCAUCUGCCAUAAGACAGAGGUGGUGAAGAACACCCUCAAUCCAGUCUGGCAGUCUUUCACCAUCCCAGUGAGAGCGCUCUGCAACGGAGACUAUGACCGAACUAUCAAGGUGGAGGUUUAUGACUGGGAUCGAGAUGGAAGCCACGAUUUCAUUGGUGAAUUCACCACCAGCUACCGCGAGCUAGCCCGAGGUCAGAGUCAAUUCAACGUGUACGAGGUGGUGAAUCCAAAGAAGAAGAUGAAGAAGAAGAAAUACGUCAAUUCAGGCACGGUGACGCUGCUGUCUUUCUCUGUGGAAUCCGAAUUCACUUUCCUCGAUUACAUCAAAGGCGGGACCCAAAUCAAUUUCACGGUGGCCAUUGAUUUCACCGCCUCUAAUGGUAACCCGUCCCAGUCCACAUCCCUCCACUACAUGAACCCAUACCAGAUGAACGCCUACGCCAUGGCGCUCAAAGCUGUGGGGGAGAUCAUCCAGGAUUAUGACAGUGAUAAGAUGUUUCCCGCUCUGGGCUUUGGAGCCAAACUGCCCCCUGAUGGACGUGUGUCCCACGAGUUUCCUCUGAAUGGCAAUAUUGAAAACCCCUACUGUAAUGGUAUCGAGGGGAUUCUGGAGGCUUACCACCAGAGCUUAAAGACUGUCCAGCUUUAUGGACCCACAAACUUCGCCCCUGUUGUCAACCAUGUGGCAAGGUACGCAGCAGCUGUGCAGGAUGGCUCGCAGUACUUCGUCCUCCUUAUCAUCACAGAUGGAGUCAUAUCAGACAUGUCCCAGACCAAAGAGGCCAUUGUGAACGGUGCCAAGCUCCCCAUGUCAAUCAUCAUUGUCGGAGUGGGCCAGGCUGAGUUUGACGCUAUGGUGGAGCUGGACGGUGAUGACAUCAGGAUCUCCUCACGAGGGAAGCUAGCAGAACGGGACAUUGUCCAGUUUGUGCCAUUCCGGGAUUACAUGGACCGGACGGGGAACCAUGUGUUAAGCAUGGCGCGGCUGGCCAAAGAUGUCCUGGCCGAAAUCCCUGACCAGUUCAUCUCCUACAUGAAGAGCCGGGGCAUUAAACCCAACCCCGCGCCCCCUCCCUACACGCCCCCAGGACACACACACCACACGCAGAUCUGAGGCCAUCCUCCCCUGAGGGCUCGCUGGAGAUGACGUCAGCCUCCCUUAGAAUUCUGGGACAGGCCUGAUGGAGCAGCGGAGAAUCGUGGCUCCCUGUGCUAAUGUGUGUGUACGGACUCUUCAGGACACUAUUAAGUGCUGAGGCAUUUCUGUUCGUGCUUUUUCGUACGUUUGUACAUUUUCCUGCCUGUUUUCAUGCUGGGAAUUCGCCGCAAUCGGACUCGAGUACAGGUUUUGUCGUUUUUUGUCAAAAAAAGAAAAAAAGAAAAAAAUCUUGGCCUGUGACUGUUCUCAGUUCUUUUUGGGGGCGAUGAGUUGAGAAGUAAAGAAGAGGAGGAAGAGGAGGAGGAAGAAGAAAGAGGAGGAGGACGACUGUGUUUGUGGUCUCAGCUCAUGCCUGUCUGUGGUCGUCUCAAUGUACCAGGACAAGUGUGCUGUGCUCUGACCUUUUGACCUUGCUCCGCGUUGGUGUAUUAGCGCGUAUGUGCAUUCAGGUGACGUUUUUAGAUACUUUUCUCAAUGGUGUUCAUUUUGGAGCAAGACUUUGUUUGUGUGCAUUUGAUUUGUCCUUUCUGCACAACACUUGUGUUAAACGUUUCUUUCCAAAUUUUAUGUUCAUUUGAUCUUCAUUCUUGUCUGUCUGAGCCCAAUCAUGUUCAUGACAGCAAGCUGGAAGGAGCCAAGAUCUGAUAGCUUUAGCUUUUCUAUUUAUGCAUAUACAAGCAUUCAAAAGUUUGGAGCUAUAUGUGACUCAAAGGUUUGAGACACAUAUAGCUGAUAAAUGUAUAAAAAAGAUUCUAUGAUGAAGCGUCUACUCUGUAACUUCACAGAUUUCAACUAAUUAGUGCAAAGAUGUAAAUAAUGAAGGAAUUUUAGAUGUGUCUGAGUGAUGAACAGAGCUGUAGAUGAUUCUAGAAUGGCUGAGAAAGUUGUAUAGCACUGAGAAUGAGGUAAAAAUAAAAUAAACAUCCAGAACAGCUUGUAUUUGAUACAUAGUCACCAUAUCUUGAGGCGCAAAAUUGAUUCAGAAAUUACUAUAAAUAAAUAAUUAUAUUAUUCAUCCUCUACCAACAUUUUGAAAUACCCAAAAAACUGUUGUUGAAUAAAUGUUCAGUCCGGUCUAGUUAACAUUAAGUUUAAAAGACCCUUAUCAGUCCCACAACGGGGAAAUUUCACCUCCACAUUUAACCCAUCCGUGCUGCGAAACACCACAUACACACUAGUGAAGACACACACUAGGGGCAGUGAGCACACUUGCCUGGAGUGGUGGGCAGUCCU